AUGGCAUCAAGAAACCAGGUGUAUUAUGGUCCUAGACCACUAAAGCCGCUCAAUGAUAAUAUGCGGCAUGGAUUUGAUGAGGACUAUAACUCCGAAAACUUUUUGAGCUUACUUGCCAACACCUUCUACAUUUAUUUCGAUGAUAAAAGACACAACACCAAUGGGAAUCCGAUACCUGAAGAGCUGAAGUUUGGUCGAGCCUUGUAUAAAAAUUUCCAGCCCAUAACCGAUUGGAAAGUCAUGAGAGAACGACAAAAGACCGUGAGUGCCCUACUAGUGAUAUGCUUAAACAUUGGUGUCGAUCCACCGGACGUUAUGAAAACGUACCCUUGUGCUAAGUUCGAAGCUUGGGUUGAUCCUUCAAUCUUCACCGACACAAAGAAGGCACUAGAAGCCAUGGGGAAGAAUCUCCAGAACCAAUACGAAACACUCUCUUUAAGAACAAAGUAUAAGCAAUCUCUUGAUCCCUGUGUUGAAGAUAUCAAACGGUUCUGCAAUACCUUACGAAGGAAUGCUAAAGAGGAACGAAUACUCUUUCAUUAUAACGGCCAUGGUGUACCUCAACCUACUAGUUCUGGAGAGAUAUGGGUCUUUAACCGAGGAUAUACCCAGUACAUUCCUAUCUCCCUUUAUGAUCUUCAAACCUGGUUGGGAGCUCCCGUGAUCUUUGUAUAUGAUUGCAAUAGUGCUGGAAACAUUGUUCAUAACUUCAAGAAGUUUGUACAAAAGAGAAUUGAUGAUGAUAAUGACGGUAAACAUGAUGAAAGUGCCCAAUCUCCUACAUCUGCUUAUUUGGAUUGUAUUCAAUUGGCUGCCUGUAGAAGCAAUGAAUUGCUUCCUAUGCUGCCAGAUCUUCCUGCUGAUUUGUUCACCUGUUGUUUAACUUGUCCCAUUGAUAUCAGUGUAAGAUGGUUCAUUAUGCAAUCUCCACUCCGCUCUAAUUACUACUCCCUUCUACCUAGAAACUCCGUCGGUAACGUGAUCAUCCCAGGUAAAUUAACAGAAAGAAAGACCCCGCUAGGGGAAUUGAAUUGGAUCUUUACAGCCAUAACUGAUACCAUUGCAUGGACUUGUUUAUCUCGUCCAAUAUUUAAAAGACUCUUUAGACAAGACUUGAUGGUUGCUGCCUUAUUUCGAAACUUCCUAUUAGCCAAGAGAAUCAUGCCUCAUCUAAGUUGUAAUCCCAUGAGUGAUCCUCCGUUACCUGAAAGUGUUCGUUACCAUCCCAUGUGGGACUCUUGGGACUUGGCAAUAGAUCAAGUGUUGUCUCAAUUGAUCAAGAACUUAACUCCAGAAACGACUACACCUUCAUCAAAGGUGCUGGUAGUCCCUCCAACUCCACAAUUAAAUGGAAAGUUGUCCGAUGACAAAAAUAAAAUAUCAUCAUCAAAUUCAAAUGCAUCAGCAACAUCAACAACUGCUACAACUCCAAUACAACAACAACAACCAGGAACGUUUAGUAACUACCAACAUUCAACAUUCUUUGAACAACAAUUAACAGCAUUUGAAAUAUGGUUGAAGCAUGCGGGUCCCUCAACAAAACAACCUCCAGAACAACUUCCUAUUGUGUUGCAAGUGUUAUUAUCACAAGUUCACAGAUUAAGAGCAUUGAUAUUACUUUCAAAGUUUCUUGAUCUUGGUCCAUGGGCAGUUUACCUUUCACUUUCCAUUGGUAUCUUUCCCUAUGUUCUCAAGCUCUUACAAAGUCCAGCACAAGAACUCAAGCCAGUAUUGAUCUUCAUUUGGGCCAGAAUAAUGGCUAUAGAUUAUCGUAAUACACAACAGGAAUUGUGUAAAGACAAAGGAUACAACUAUUUUUAUUUCAUUUUGAACACAGUGUCAGCCAAUGGAACUCCAGGCAAUGGAUCGACAACUAAUAAUAUAAUCAAUGAUGAUCAUAAGGCCAUGAGUGCCUUUAUCUUGACGUUAUUUAUAAAGGACUUUAAGAAUGGCCAACGGCUAUGUUUCUCCAUCGAAAUUAUAAGUAAUUGUCUUAAGUUCAUUCAGACCAGUGAAAACCCUCUUUUAAGACAAUGGUGUUGCUUAUUACUCUCUCAGCUUUGGAACAAGUAUCCUGAUGGGAAAUGGGUCAUUUACAAAGAUGGAUAUCUUAAUAAAUUACUUGGAUUAGUCAAUGACCCCAUUCCGGAGGUUAGAACCUCGAUCAUAUUAGCCUUGACCAAUUUCUUGAAUGAUGAUGAAGUGGUGGCUGUCAAUGUUCAACAACAGGCUAACAUAACGGCAGAUUUAAGGAAAGAUGCUUUGAAACAACAAGAUUUGAAAUUAGCCAGUGCCAUAUUAGGAUUAAUUGGAGAUGGGUCUUCAAUGGUUAGAAAGGAAGUGGUUUAUUUCAUCAACCGAUUCAUCACCAUCUAUCAUAAGUUUUUUCUUGUUGUUGCAUUCAAUCAAUUAGAAGAAGAGAUUGUGUUGAUUGACGAAGCCAACUAUUUGAAUGAAUUCAGAAAGAAAUCUCCUGCCUAUGGUUCCAUCUUCAGCUCCAUUUGGAAAUCUUUACUCAUUCUUUCAGAAGACCCGUAUUUGGAAGUGAAACAAUUGGCUGAAACAUUGAUUGACUCAGUCAUGGUCAAAUUGAAUGAAAGUGAGCUUGGACCUCUUGUAUGUGAAAUGCAAGACUAUUUACUUAGCAAAUCCACCAUUGACAUUGAGCUGGGGUUCAAACCAAAUCGACCCGUGGUCAACAAACAAUUAGCGUCAACAGCCAACAAUCAUAACAGCAAGAGACAAGUGUCCAGUGGAUCAAUGAUUCAACAUAAGCAAAACAAAUUAACCAUCAAUGGGUCUUCGUUGACGACAACGUCGCGAUCCUAUUCAAUGAAUGGAAUGAACAGCAGCAGCCAUCACCAAGAUCAAGAGUCUAUAAUAGGCAAGUUAAAGACCAUGUCGUUUUCCAAACUAGUUAAAAGUUUCCAUAUUAAUGAUGAAAACGAUUUAAACAACUUAACUCGGAUAUUAAACAGUGGUCCUGUGGUCACCAAUUAUGGAGCAGAAUAUAAACCUUUAACUCCCAGAUUUCAACCUAGAGACUUAAAGAAGAAACCUGACCUUGCAAAUGAAUCAGGCUUUUUUAAAUAUAGUUGUGAAUACUUUCAAGAACCGCAAAUGUCCAAGAAUGAAAUCGACGAACCAGGCUCAAUUGAAUAUGCCAAACGACUCUGGAGACGGAAUAGAAAUGAAGCCAUUAUUCAAGAAACCCAACCUCAAAAGAAUCUAGCCAUACAAGGAAAUUGGAAUAAACUGAUCACGGUGCUUGAUAACAAAGUUCAACCCAAACUAUUGAGGUUUGCCCAAUUUGAAAAGGUUCUUAUUGCCAGUGACGAGAAGGAUAACGUCACUGUUUGGGAUUGGGAAAAGAAUGAAACCAUCAAGAAGUUCUCCAAUACCAACCCCUUUGGUACGAAGAUCACCGAUAUGAAACUAGUCAAUGAAGAUGAUUCCGCCUUGUUGAUGUUGGGGUCUUCCGAUGGAGUCAUUAAGGUGUAUCGUAAUUUCCACAUGUCCAAAGAAUAUGAAGAUAGACCAGUGGAAUUAAUAGCUUCUUGGAGAGCAUUGACGGAUUUGUUGCUUACCUCCAAGAGUUCAGGGUUGAUUUCCGAAUGGCAACAAUCAAGAGGGUCCCUUUUGGUAAGUGGUGAUGUCAAGAUCAUCAGAGUAUGGGAUGCCUUGAGAGAAAUGUGUUUGGUGGAUAUUCCGGCCAGAUCAACGUCUUCCAUCACGUCUAUCACUUCGGACCAGGUAGCAGGCAAUAUCUUUGUUGCGGGCUUUGAAGACGGAAGCGUAAGAGUUUAUGAUAGACGAUUGGACUCCAGAGAGUCAAUGGUUAGAACUUGGAAUAGCACCAAAUUCCAACAACAGCAACAGCAGCCCUCAACAAGAGCUGGUGGUGCUAUCCAAAACGUCCACAUGCAACGUGGAGGGUAUAGAGAGUUGGUAAGUGGCUCCUCAACUGGAUUGGUCAAUAUUUGGGACAUUAGACAAUCAGAAGCAGUGUCAUCUUUUGAUAUAAGUCCAGAGAAGUCCUUACGGUGUAUUGAUGUUCAUGAGCAUGCUCCUAUCGUAGUCACUGGCUCCAAACAAACUAACAUAUGGACUACGUCAGGAGACUUGAUCUCGACUUUGAAACAACCUCAUGAUACGUCAUAUUUGGGUAGUCGUACUUCGGGUUAUCUCCACAACACAGCGUAUCAUCCUCAUAGAAUGAUGGUGGCUACCAAUUAUAAUCAGGAUGGCCAUAUUAACAUCUACACGUGCACAGAGAAUGCAUUUGAGUAUUAG